GUUUGGAUGUUUAUAUAAACACGUGUGCGGUUUACAGAAAUUAUUUGUUUAACCUUGUUGUAUUGUAAUAUAACGGUGAUCUCCUUUCGGAAAGGAAUGGGAGAUUGGCGAAUGUUCAGGAAACGUGAUCCAUCGUCAUCGGCGAGAUGAGGAAAGUGGCUUAACGUCUUGAAAAGUUCGAAAUUCUACAAUAGAAAACCUGGUUAGACUGAAGCAAAAGGAAAAGGGAUUAAUCAUGCAUAUUGUAUAGCCAUAAGGAAAGAGGUGGAAGUAGAAGAAUGGAGAUCUGAAUGCCAAGGUUGGUUCCAUACACAGAAAGAAAAAGGGUUAGAGUAGCUUGUGCAAGAUUUGAUGAUUAUGAAGAAUAUUAUAAAGUAAUAUAAAGCAAUGAUUAUGUGCAGUUAUAUACAGUGGUAAAUUACAGAAAAAAUGUGAUAAGUAAGAAUGCCUUGUGGGCUAUCUUGUUACUGAGUCUGGAAAUUGAUUGGCCAGAUGAGCUCCUCACUGUAAGUUAGUGAUAAGUUGAAUAUUGAUGAUGUCAUACUUGGCACAAUUGUAAAUUGUAUUGAGGAUCCUCUGCUUCAAGAUCUGUGCAGGAUAGCCCAUCCCCAAUCUUCAGGAAUCUAUGAAGAUAGGUGUUGAAGUUGCCGUUGCCUGGUUGUCAUGGAAAGAGGGAGAGAAGUAGUUGGUUCUUGUAGCAGUUAAAGGUAUCUAUGCACAUUAAGGAAAUCUUUUGAGGAAAUUCAGAAUUUCCUAUCGCCCACACACGAGGAAAAUCUCUCAGUCAGUCGGCCAUGGCAUCUGAUGAUGACAUACUGGCUGUUCUUGGAUGUUUAUUGGCAACAAAUUGUAUUAAAACUCGCAAGAAAAAACAUAAGUAUAGAAGUCUAUGGUGUAAAGAGUGGCUUAAAAAAAGAGGAUCUUAUUUCCAUGUGAACCUGAUCUCAGAAAAGUUAGUUCCUAAAGAUUGGCACAACUAUUUAAGAAUGGACGAAGAAACAUAUUUAAAUCUAUUAUCAUUGGUUACACCAAUUAUAAAAAAACAAGAUACUGUAAUGUGAGCAGCAAUUUCACCACAUGAGAGGCUCACAGCGACCUUAAGAUAUUUGGCAACUGGCAGAAGUUUUGAAAAUCUCAAAUUUUCAACAGAAAUAUCAUCUCAAGCCCUUGGCUACAUCAUACCUGAAACAUGUGAUGCUAUUUACAAAGUCCUUCAUAAAGAUUAUUUAAAGUUUCCACGAACAGAAAGAGAAUGGAUGAAUAUAGCGAAACUUUUUGAAGAAAAAUGGAAUUUCCCACAUUGCCUUGGAGCAAUGGAUGGAAAGCAUAUCAACAUUAUUCCUACAAGUGGAAGUGGAUCAGAAUUUUAUAAUUACAAAGGAAGACACAGCAUGGUUUUACUGGCUAUUGUGGAUGCAUAUCAAUUCAUCAUGUGUGAUUUUGGUACCAAUAGUAGAAUUUCAGAUGAAGGUGUUCUAAAAAACACCAAGUUUUUUGAAAAACUUGAAAACAAUAAGUUAAACAUUCCUGUUGAAAGUAAAGUCAGAAACAGUAGUAGAAGUAUGCCCUAUGUAUUUGUAGUUGACGACGCCUUUCCUUUGAGGGUAGACAUGAUGAAACCAUUUCAACAAACAGAUCUCAUUUCCCAAGAUAGGAAAAUAUAUAAUUAUCACGUAUCACGAGCAAGACGCAUUGUUGAGAAUACUUUUGGUAUUUUGGCAUCAAGAUUUCAAAUAUUUCACACGGCAAUUAAUUUACAACCACAUAAAAUUGAAUCAGUUGUAAUGGCUACUUGCGUUUUGCACAACUUUUUAAUGAAAUCAGUGCCAAGUUUUUAUUCUCCAGAAUGUUUCGAUUAUGAAAAUACUGACAUUGGAACUAUUAUUUUAGGAUAUAAUACAGAAGACUCAAAAAUGGUGCAAUUGGUUCGAAAUAAUUCAGGAAACACGAGUUUUUUGGCAAAAAAAGUGAGAGAAGAAUUUAUGGAUUAUUUUGUAAAUGAAGGCCAAAUUCCAUGGCAAUUGAACUUUAUUUAAACAUCAAUGUUGUAAUUGAACCAAAAAUUGUAUUGCCAUUAAAAUAAUAAAAAUUUUGUACUUUUUAA